ACGCUGCCUUUCACUCUUCACACACGCACACAAAAGUACGAAGUGAGGUACCCGCCAUAUCUUUGCAUUUAGAAAUACACACCUACGUAAAAACGGGAAACCGAACGACGCGGCCAGAAGAAGAAUAGAAAAUCCCGUCCGCGCGUGGCUUCUCGGUACCUGACCAAACCAAACCAAACCAUACCAGACCUGACCUGACUUGACCUGCUGCGCCUGAUUAUUUGUUUCCCAUCUUCUUUGCCUUUAUUCUCCUCCAUCUCCUCCAUCCAACGACUCGACUCUUGUUUGGUCGUUUGUUGUCUGUCGUCGGGAAAAUCUCCUUUCUUGUUUUCCUUUUCCUUUCUUUUUCUUGGAGGCUCUGCGUCUGUUCUUCUGUCACCACCGAAAAAACGAAGAGGGGGAAAAGGUUUAUGCCGAGCGAGCAGACAAGAGCAGAAGAAAAAAAAAAUACACCAUCGCCCUCUCUCGUUCGUUGUUGUUAUCUUUGUCCGACACGACCAACCUACUACCUAAACCUGGGCGAAAUCUGAUCAGACACCAAUCUUGACCUGGCUGACGCCUCUCCUCACUCGUCAACUUUCACUUCCGCCUCUCGACACCCAAAGCCAAACCCUCCCAAGAUCCACUCCUUUGGCGGCUUCCUCUUCUUGUUGUUGAUUCACCCAUCGACUUGUGGCCCGCUUGUCUGCCCUACCUUAACCUCACAUCGCGGCUCCUGUUCUCAACAUCCCAUCACAACUACGCCUACCUACCGCCAUCAAUAUCAUCUUGGCCUCGCACUCCGCGACGCUUUCGCCCUUCUACGAUCCGGGUUCGAUCCUUUACCUCCGGCUUCCCUGCCUGACCUGCCCCUUUUGCUCCGCUGCUUAGGCGCUUUAGCUGUCGCUGGUCGAGAAGCAGUCGCAUUUUUCCCUGGUUCGUGCGUUCACCGCCUUCUGUUCCCCCUCCUCUUCUCCAGUCUUGGAUGGAGACCUCGACAGGAUCCCAUAGCUAAACGAGCCCGAUUCCCUCCAGGUCGUCGCCUGAGACUUUUCCAUCAGAACCUCCCGGAUCCUGGCACCCCUGCCCUGUCCACCCACCGCACCGCACCGAAGUUCAACUUGUACCACAAAGUACACCCCCAGUCCUGACCGACCACUCAACGACCCAAAGGACCCCGAGACCCUCUCGCGAUUAAAAAGCCCGGGCCAGCCCCCCGUGCGAGAGCAACGAGACGUUGGGAAAAAAUAUCCUCGCCGGCCAGACAUAUCGCCAAAUCGCCAAUCCGGCUGGUCACCAGCAAGUGACAUGUCAUGGACAGCUCCUCGACGCCGCUCGCCGACUACUUCUGGAUCGCCGGCGUAGAGUCCGUCUCUUAUCAGGACUCUACCCCGCAGCCCCCCUCCAACAACGUCGAGUCCACCAUCGCCGAGGACAGCGAGUAUGAGGAAAGCGAUAACGAGUUCAACGCCACCCCGAGCAAGCGCGUCGCUCGCCAUUCCAGCGUCGGUCGCCAUUCCAGGCAGAACUCGGGUGGUGGUGGUGGCCGCGCCCCCAGUCGCUUUUCCAUCCAGACUGUCGAAGAAGUAGACGGGAACACGCGAAGCAACCGGAGCAGCGCUACCAUUCGACCCUCCCAGGCGAGCCAGAUCAAUGGCUCCGGCAGCGGUGCCGGCCUCAAUGUCUUCAAUGGCCUCCCCCCUGGCCUCAAUGGCGAAGGACCUUUUAUCGAAGGCUUCGACUUUGACAAGGCCUUGCUCAAGUUCGCCUCCGAACGAGAGAACUUCUUGGAAGACUUGUCCUUCAGUGCCGGUGCCAAAACACAAGCCCGCCCUCCCAUGGUCAACCCCAGAGCUGAGCGCAUCAAGGCUGACGAGGGCGACGCGAGCGGCCGGAGAAGUCCCCUACGCAGCAUCGAGCGGAGCAUCAAGGGCAGCAUCCGCCGCAAGAUGAGUUUCAGGGACAUGAACAGCAUGCGCAAGCAACCCACCACUCCUCGGGCGAGCACGCCAGGAGCCGGUACGAUACCCCGCCAAGGUCCACCCUCCUCUGUAGCGCAAUCCUCAAGUCCUUUCCGGUCAACUAACACGCUGGCUCCAGCUUCAAUUAGGACUGCCAAGCGACUCAGCAACUACAACUCGGUGAUUCCUCCUCCGGAGCCCCUGAACACGGAUCCAGACAUGCAUCCCCUCAAGAGACGAUUCGAGCCUGUCUUGUUGGACAGGUACCCAGCCAAAGACGCGACAGACGAGAUCGCCCGUCGUGGGAGAUUCCCAGACUACGUUCCCAUGUUUGCCUUCCCGAACGAUAUCCAGAUCGUGUCUUCCGAUGACAGGCCACGUUCCACCUGGCAUGGUUUUACAAUGACUUCGGACGAUAACUCCAAGAUAUAUGGUAUCACCAUCAUCAUCUGGACCGCCCUGACAUCCGAGGUUGCAGACGAGGUGGAGAAAAGAUGUGAGCAGUGGCGGCAGAGCCACAUGUCCAACGAGGAGCGGGAAUUGGCGGCUAGUCUGGGAGUGCGACUUGCGGCUGAGCGUGCGCAUCUCUCCCAGUUGCUUGCGAAGCUCCCUACGAUUCCCUCGGGGUCUUCCGCUCGUGAUACUCUGGAUGACCAGAUUAGCGCUGUUGAGGAGAAGAUUAGUCUCAUGACAGAAAUGCUGAGACCACUUCGGCACGGUGCCGCGUCCAAGAUCGACGGCUUGACGGCUGGCGAGAGUGGACUGUGGGCCCCCAGAGCUUACGGCAUCUUGGGAAGAGACGCCACGAGAAUGUCGUUCUGGAAGGAAUGGCUGCGAGCCAUCGUUGUGCCUAUGACCGACAGUGCAGUUCUUCGAGUGCCACCCAGCUCCCCCAAGGUUGGUCGUUGGCAGCCUCUUGAGCGUUACGUCGUCAAUCUGUGCACCGAGGCAUUUAGUCCGCUGGCUUCCAAGACCCAGGUCGAGCUAGGCGUGCGAGAGUUGCGGCUAUAUUGUCGAAAGGAAGCCAUCAACGAGAUUCCAGGGGCCCGGACCAUUGACAUCUACGCCCUAUUCAGAUGUUUGUCCAUGGAGAACAUUGUUGCUUUGUUCGAGUACGCAAUGUCAGAGUCUCGCAUUAUCUUCCUUUCCUCACACACUGGUAUGCUUCACCUGGCAUGCCACGCACUGGUCAAUUUGUUGUAUCCCCUGAAGUGGGCGAGCAUCUUUAUUCCUGUGCUCCCUGCGCGUCUGAUUUCGGCACUCGAAGCACCUUGCCCUUACAUCGUCGGCAUCGAGCGGCGAUAUGAGAAGAUUGAGCUUCCGGAAGACGACUACGUACUGGUUGAUUUGGACCUUGAUACGAUCGACGCCACUAACCAGCCCGUUCGACUUCCACGACAGCAUCGUCGCAAGCUCAUUUCUUUACUUCAUGUGGCCGCGCCGCAUCACAUUCGGUAUGGAGUGACUACUGGACCCCCGCCAUAUGCAAUGGAGUCGUACCCGUAUGACGCCUUUUCAGUCGAGAACGAUACUCUGUACAACGCCAGUGUCGCCUCGAGCUCCUUAGGCAAGUGGGUUACACAGAACUCUUCAUCUUUCGGAGAGCCGGCCCCUCCGAACUCGGUGCGACCACCAAUCUUCAAUGCUUUCUUGCAUUCGAAGGCUGGCGAUCACAGCAAGGACCGGCCUACUACCAGCAAGUCCGGUAAAACCAGCCCACAAUCUUCCAUCUCACCCGUCUCGAUGAACUUCCCCCCGAUGCCGACCACACCUGUGUCACGCAGCGAUUCCGGCUUUGCACAGACUUUGAGAGAAAAGAAGUCGGGCCACUUUGAUGAGAAGUCUCGCCGCAGCUCGUCCUUUGGCAUGGACAAGCAACCUCCUCUCCACCGACCAAGCUUGCCCUUCCUUAACGGACACAAUCCAAGCAUGUCGGUAUCGGCAAUCUCGGUCGAUUCGCAGUCUUCGUACAAUGGGUACACGCCCGGAUAUGCACCUUCCACGUAUGCCCAGUCCACCCUGGCGGCAUCAACCAUCAUGCCCAACAUGCUGAUUCAGCCCGUACGGAACACCGACACAAUGGUGUGGGUCGAGGGCCAUUGCUUCAACUGGAUGGCCCAUGACUUGUCCUCGACAUGUUCCGUCUGCGACGACAAGUCAGAAGGAGACGGCAUCUACGAGUGUUCUCACUGCAAUGCCCGCUCUCACAACCGCUGCCUGGGACAGGUCUCCGUGGUGUGCAGCGAAGCAUUCCACCCUGACCGAGUUCGAGCUGCUUUCGUUCGAUGCCUCGCUAGUCUCUUGUACACGUACAGAAAGCAUCUAGGCCGUCCCACUCGUGAGCAAAAGAACAAUGGCCAACUCUACAAUUUCGACAUGAACAGCUUCAUUAAGAGUCUCCCGUACGACCAACAAGAGUACGCCACAAUGUUGAGAGAAACUCAAGCUUUCAACGAGUUCAUUCACGAGCGGGAGACACACUCGGCGACGCACGCGUCGAUCCGUCUCUUUGACGAGAUCAUCAUGGCCAAGAAGGCUCGCGGACGGCCGGGACUCUCAACGGGAUUCUCUCGUCUUUCGACCAUCCGUAUGUCGCACGGUGCGUCAAGCAACGCUUCAGGGUUCGCUGCGCCAUCAAAGCUCAAGAUUCCUACGUAUCUGGGCGAUACUUCGGACCACAUGUGGCGGACGGCUUCGGUGCCUGCUCCCAGUGCCAAGUUCCCGGGCGAGUACCGAACCGUCGUCACCCGGAUUCCUACCAAGCUGGACCCCAGUCUGAUGAGAGAGCCUCGAGCGAUCCAGGGUGUCCCUCGGGCCGAGCAACGGGCACACGGGUUCAUCAGGAAGCAAGUACCCAGCAUGGUUGGUAGUCCACCAAACUGAAUGAAUGUCGACGAUGACGUUUGCCGGCGAUUUGUCGGUCAUGAUUCGACGACCAUCUCGACUUUCUGCCUCUCUGCGCUGUACGAUAGGGAGAAUGUAUGUUUAAUAAACGGCAGGGGGCAGAAUUGUAUAAAAUCAUUUCGAGCAUAAGGGGGGAGUCUGGGGUUUAAAGAGGGCUAGGGGGUUCCUCAUCAAGAAGUCGUUCUUCAUUUUUUUUGCGAGUCUUUCAAUUUCCAGCUGCGAGCCAGAACUUGGAUUCUAUUGCCAUUUCCGGAUAACUGCGUUGCUGUCGAGCAGGAAGUGCAAACUAGCAAGCAAAAGAAGCGGAUAGAGAGGGAGGGAGACACAGAGGGAGAGAGCAUUGGCGGAUGGGAUGGGGCUGUUCGCAAUCGCGAUACAACUGUCCCUCUUUGGUCGUUUUUAAUUGCGCACAUACUAGACUAAGAAGACAUGGAGGAAACGACGAAUAUACUAGGCCCCA